GCAAUAAUCAAUUCACCGAUAAUUUAAGUUGGUUCAUUUUAGUUGGACUUGCUGUCACAGCCGUGAUGCAAGUAUAUUGUUUAAAUACAGCAUUAAAAUUACAUGAUUCCGUGUUGGUCGUGCCAAUGUUUUAUGGCUUUUAUACAGCAAUGGGACUUGUAAAUACGAUGAUAUAUUUGGACGAAAUAUCGACAUAUCCGCUUUGGGCACUUUUAUUGGUUACAUUUGGAAUAGGUAGUUUGGUGUAUGGAGUUUUAUUACUUA